GGAAUGACAACUAAAGCAGUCUCGGAUUUGACGACUUAUCAUCCAUACCCUUCGGAUGGUGGUUGUAAAUGGUUUGGAACAGCUCCAUUUUGUAAUGGACACUGUCAAGCAGAAUAUGACUACAUUCGGAACAGCAAUGGACGUUGCAGUAAUUGGUGGUUUGCUGGGAUAUGUAAACCGGAUCCAAGUUUCGGCGAAUCAUGUAGUACUAUUUUAGGUGGAAAUUUUAAAAAACGUUUUUGCUGCAAGAGUGAUCCAUCCGAAUGUACAUGGAGUGGUCGCUGGAUGAGUGCAUUUACCGCACACAAUAUUUACUGCCGAUACGAUAAUCAUGGUCAUUGUGGUCAUCUGGACUGUUCUAUAAAUCACUUCAAUCAUCGAGCUCAAAAUUCAACUGAAAUUAAUGGCGAUCGUUGUGAUCGGAUUUCACUGUUUGGUUUGAAGGGUAAGGCAACAUGUGGUUAUAUUGCUUGGUUUGAUGAUAAUGGAACUCUUGUUGAUAGCUGGUAUAAAAGCAAAUGA